AUGAGCUCCGCCUCGGUCAAAAAAGUCUCCUUCCACGUCGCAGCCUCCUUCACAGCCAAAGAUCACCCCUACGACCCGUCAACCCACAUCUUCCACUUCAACCCCUAUAAUCGCAUCCAGCAGACUCGCAACAAGCGGUCCAGGCCAGAUAGCGGCCACGAUGCCUUCUUCGUCAGUAGGGCGGGCGACUCGGGCUCAGUAGCCCUCGGCGUUGCUGAUGGCGUAGGUGGCUGGGUCGAUUCUGGAGUUGAUCCCGCGGACUUCUCGCAUGGCUUCUGCGACUACAUGGCUUCCACUGCCUACGGACACGGCUCGACCAAGAGCGAUCCGACGACCAAUGGCACGGGCGACAAGGAACCGUUACGAGCACAGGGUUUGAUGCAGAAGGGAUACCAGGCAAUAUGCGAAGACAGCACCGUCGUCGCAGGAGGAAGCACAGCCUGCGUCGCUGUGGCGUCCCCAGACGGCAAUCUCGACGUUGCCAACCUAGGCGAUUCCGGCUUCAUCCAGCUCCGGUUGAACGCCGUUCACACAUACUCCGAGCCCCAAACACACGCCUUCAAUACCCCCUACCAGCUUUCCAUCGUACCUCCCAGCGUAGCUGCUCGUAUGGCGGCCUUUGGCGGCGCCAACCUCUGCGACUUCCCCCGCGACGCCGACGUCACCCAGCACAACCUUCGCCACGGCGACAUCGUCGUCUUCGCCACCGACGGCGUCUGGGACAACCUAUUCAACCAGGACAUCCUUCGUAUCGUGAGCCGCGUUAUGACAUCGACGGGCGCGUGGCUCAUGACCAAGAAUGGCGUUCGUGUCGUUGACAACCUCAGGCCCUUCACGAAACCUUCCGAGGACGCCGCCGAGAGACCACCCUCCAAGUUCCUGACGCUGCAGAGCGUGCUUGCGGCGGAGAUCACUGCAGCCACCAAGUCGGCCAGCCUCAACCGCAAGGUCGACGGCCCCUUCGCCAAGGGCGUGCAGAAAUACUUCCCACAGGAGAACUGGCACGGCGGCAAGAUCGACGACAUCUGCACCCUUGUCCUCAUCGCGUCCGAGGAUAACAAGGCCGAGCCCAAGAGUCGCCUAUGA